ACACACACGCACACACAUACCAGCAGGAGGUUGCGCGCCUUGCCGCUCCAUGGUGCUGACCGUGUGGCCCAGGGAUGGUGGAGACGCUCAGCAUCGCUGUCAUCGGAGCUCCCGGGGUGGGGAAAACUUCCAUCAUCCGCCAGUUUGUCUACAAUGACUUCUCGGAGGUGUACACGCCCACCAGGACGAGGUUCGUGUACCGACCCUCCGUCAUACUCAACGGCAACAUGUACGAGCUGAAGAUCCUGGACGUCCCGCCUAUGACUUCCUUCCCGUCCAGCUCCAGUCAGGAGUGGCUGGACCUGCGGUGCCGAGGCGUCCGGAACGCCAACGCCUACAUCCUGGUCUACGACAUCUGCUGCGUGGACAGCUUUGAGUACGUCAAGAUGAUCCGGCAGCAGAUCGUGGAGAACAGAGAGGGCAGCAGCAGCAGUAGCAGCAGCAGUGAGGUCCCCAUCCUGGUGGUGGGCAGCAAGCGGGACCUCCAGAGGCAGCGCUUCACCCCGCGCCGCGCCGUCUCCGUGCUGGUGAAGAAGACGUGGAAGUGCGGCUACGUGGAGUGCUCGGCCAAGUUCAACUGGCACGUGGUGCUGCUGUUCAAAGAGCUGCUUGGCAGCGCCGUGGCCCGCGGCAUGCGGCAGAACCACACCUCCAUCCGCCUGCAGGGGGCGCUGCAGAGGAACCGCUGCACGCUCAUGUGACGCCCGCGUGAGGCAACUCCUCCAAACUCCUCCUCCUCUAUCCUCGCUUCCUCACCAGCUCCCUGCUCCGGCUCCUCCUCUGGAGCAGAGGUGAUGCUGGGGGUGGAGCAGACAUCGGGGUAGUGAACCCGGGAGUUUCCUACUUUAACAAACCCUUUUCUCUUUCCUAAUGCGGUUAAAAGGCCGUAAGACAUCAAAGACCCAAUGUGGGAAAUUCUGAUUCUGCCAAAUAUUCUCAUGGAAGAGAUAGAAGAGAGAUGGCUGGAUGAUCCUUCCUGAACACCUCCGUAACAUUUUUCCCAUUAUCAGCCAGUGACUGCGUUCCAGGCAGAUACCGCUAUGCUUCCAAGCAUCCCCAACUGCACCAGGUCCACGUUUAAAUGUAUGGUCGGAUUCUAUGUUUUUGAGCAAGGAAGAAGCAGCAAUAUUAUAAAGUCUUCCGUUCCAAAUGCAUUUGUCAGUAGUUCAGUCGGGUCGACCAGACUGACUUCAGCCUAGCCUACACGUGUCUCUCCAGCAGUGUUGGGAGGGAGAGGUCCACACAGCACAUGGAGGGAAGGUACCAGGAGACACCACAUGAAUGGAUGACCAGGAGACACCACCACAUGGAGGGAUGGACCAGGAGACACCACAUAGAGGGAUGGACCAGGAGACACCACCACAUGGAGGGAUGACCAGGAGACACCACAUGGGGGGAUGGACCAGGAGACACCACCACAUGGAGGGAAGGACCAGGAGACACCACAUAGAUUGAUGGACCAGGAGACACCACCACAUAGAGGGAUGGACCAGGAGACACCACCACUUGGAGGGAUGACCAGGAGACACCACCACAUGGAGGGAAGGACCAGGAGACACCACCACAUGGAGGGAAGGACCAGAAGACACCACCACAUGGAGGGAUGGAGAAGGAUACACCACCAGAUGGAGGGAAGGACCAGGAGACACCACCACAUGGAGGGAUGGAGGAGGAUACACCACCACAUGGCUAGAUGGACCAGGAGAUAACACAUGAUCCGGAGCUCAGAUGUUGUGCUGUUGUUCAGUUAAGACUUUCUGACUGAAAAAAGAGUAGAACUAGAUAGAGUAGACGCUGUCAUUUGUCGAUUUUAGCUUAUCAAACACUUUGCUGUCCAGCCUGGAGACACCAUCUAUCCCCUGGUCCAUCCCCUCUGCUGUCAGCCUGGAGACACCAUCUAUCCCCUGGUCCAUCCCCUCUGCUGUCAGCCUGGAGACACCAUCUAUCCCCUGGUCCAUCCCCUCUAAGUCUCAUGACCUCGCCCCUCCAUCGAGGCGAGUAGCAGCGGGGUGUGACUCCCCAUUGGAUGAGAGAGAAGGCUCACUCCUGUACAUAAGACCCGUAGGAUCCUUGAUUUGCAUGCUUUAGAGCCGACGGGUCAAGGUCAAAGUGCACUGAUGAAGACGUGUUGUUGUUUCAUUUACUAAUACAUGUUUGGAGAUGUUAUACAUGAAUGGUGUGGUUGUGAUGAAAACCGGGCACGUAAGAGCAGAUUUCACUCAAACAGAAACAUGAGUUAUCUAGCAACAAAAGAAGAGAUAUGUAGCAGAGAUAAAAACAGAGAGCAACCACGUGUAGCAUGAGGUGUCAGUGUUUUGACCGUGUGAAAGUCUUCAAAUAUAAAAGGGCUACCGUUUUUUUAUCCAAAAAAUUGCUAGUAUUUAUUUUUACUGUGUUAGUACUGUGCUGGUAUUUUUUUCUUGACAAUUUGUUUAUUAA